AAGUCACCUCCACUGUACAUGCUGUUUUACUUUGAAAACCCCACGUGUAUCCAAAACAACUUCCUGGAGUUUCGCCGGAAGGUUUUUGCGCCUCGACUUGAAUUGAGUUUGGAAACACGCGGUGCUCGUUUUGUCAAAAAUGAAGUGUGAAAUCCGAGCUGCGACAAAAACGGACUGCAAAGAGAUAGCGAGAAUGAUAAAGGAGCUGGCGGUGUUUGAGAAAAUGGCUGAGCAAGUGAAGAUAUCGCAUGAAGAGCUGGAGCGAGACGGUUUCUGCCAAAAUCCUUUCUAUGAAUGCUUGGUGGCCGAGGUUGCUGAGGAGAAUAAAUCAAAAGAAGGGUUCACUGUUGUUGGCUACGCUCUGUACUUUUACACGUACAGUACAUGGAUGGGACGGACUUUGUACCUGGAGGAUCUGUAUGUGAUGCCAGAAUUUAGAGGGAAUGGAAUUGGAAAGAGUUUACUGAGCAGCGUUGCCAAGGUUGGGAAAGACAAGCAGUGCACCCGGCUGCAGCUGUCGGUGUUGGACUGGAACACACCUGCUCGGGACUUUUACGCUGCAAAAGGAGCACUGGACCUCACCGAAAGUGAAGGAUGGCACUUUAUACGGUUUCACGGACAGUCCCUGGAUAAUUUAGCCUCCGGUGCCGCAACAAAUCCGUAACGUGUCAAGGUAACACUCAGCGUUUUUCAUCACACAUUGAAACAUCCCUGAAGGUGAUCAUGCAGUUCCCCUAAUGUCCACUAGAUGGUAGAGUUGCAUCAUGAUAGGUCAUUAACGUUUACGGUUGCUAAUUAUCCCAUAAAAAAGCAUAAAAAUAAUCAAAUGGUUCGUAACUAAUGGCUGCUACUGUUAAAAAUAAGAUAAAGCGACUUUGCUGUGUUGCUAAUUGACAUAAAUCAGAAGGAAAAUUCACUUUGUCAUUCUGUAAAAACCAAAUCAGUAGAUUUGAUUUUGUACUUGUAAUAAGAUGUGGAAAAAUUAAACAAGCUAUUUGAAAACUGGCCUUUUAUCUAAGCUGUCU